CGCACUCAGCCGCCUUCAACAACACACCCACCCUUCUCAACCACCCCACCAACCCAAUCAACCAACAAUGUCUGGCAAGGGCAGCGGCAAGUCUAAGUCCGGAAAGGCGUCCGCGGAGGCGGGCAAGUCCCAGUCUCGCUCGGCGAAGGCGGGUCUCCAGUUCCCCGUCGGUCGUGUUCACCGUCUCUUGAAGAAGGGCAACUACGCCCAGCGCGUUGGUGCCGGCGCACCUGUCUACCUCGCGGCGGUACUCGAGUACCUUGCUGCUGAGAUCCUCGAGCUUGCGGGCAACGCGGCGCGCGACAACAAGAAGCAGCGUAUUGUGCCUCGUCACUUGCAGCUCGCUAUCCGGAAUGACGAGGAGCUGAACAAGCUCCUCGGCGACGUCGUCAUCUCGCAAGGUGGUGUCGUACCAUUCAUUAACCCUGAGCUCCUCCCUAGCAAGACGCAAAAGGGCAAGAAGGACAGCCAGGAGGUUUAGAGAUCCGUGUUGUAUUCACCACUUGUUGUAUUAUUUAUGUACUAUUUCUCUAUUUUCUCGUCUAAUUGGAUCACCCUACCG